GAGAGAGAGAGAGAGGACUACACUCUCUCUCCAUCACAUCAUCAGACUCCGCCUCGCGCUCUCCGGUCUGUACCGAUCCGGUCACAACAGCUGACCACCGGCGGCUCUGCGGCCGGACCGAGCGGCAGCAGAACCACAACAUGGCCCUGCAGCAGCUGCCCCCGUGCGUGAUAGACUGCGGGACCGGGUACACAAAGGUCGGCUAUGCUGGGAACACAGAGCCGCAGUUCAUCAUGCCGUCCUGUAUCGCCAUCAAGGAGUCGGCCAGCGUGGGAGAGCAGGCUCAGAGGAGGCUCGUACGAGGAGUCGACGAUCUGGACUUCUACAUCGGAGACGAAGCAGUAGACAAACCCAACUAUGCAACCAAGUGGCCCAUCCGUCAUGGGAUGGUGGAGGACUGGGAUCUGAUGGAGAAGUUCAUGGAGCAGAUCAUCUUCAAGUACCUCCGAGCCGAGCCUGAGGACCACAGCUUCCUCAUGACGGAGCCUCCUCUCAACACCCCAGAGAACAGAGAGUACCUGGCAGAGAUCAUGUUUGAGACCUUCAACAUACCUGGACUCUACAUCGCAGUACAGGCCGUGUUGGCGUUGGCGGCGUCCUGGACGUCUCGGCAGGUUGGACAGAGAACUUUGACGGGCAUCGUCAUCGACAGCGGAGAUGGAGUCACGCACGCCAUCCCAGUGGCUGAGGGCUACGUGAUUGGCAGCUGUAUAAAACACAUCCCCAUCGCAGGGCGGGACAUCACCUUCUUCAUCCAGCAGCUGCUCAGAGACAGAGAGGUGGGGAUUCCUCCAGAGCAGUCGCUGGAGACCGCCAAGGCCGUCAAGGAGCGGUACUGUUACAUCUGUCCGGACAUUGUGAAGGAGUUCACAAAGUACGACUCUGACCCGGGGAAAUGGAUCAAACAGUACCGCGGCGUCAACGCCGUCAGUAAGAACGCCUUCCACAUUGACGUGGGCUACGAGCGCUUCCUGGGUCCUGAGAUCUUCUUCCACCCCGAGUUCGCUAACCCAGACUUCAUGCAGCCUAUCUCUGAUGUCGUCGAUGAUGUCAUUCAGAGCUGUCCAAUCGAUGUGAGGCGACCCCUGUACAAGAACAUCGUGCUCUCCGGAGGAUCCACCAUGUUCAGAGACUUCGGGCGGCGACUGCAGAGAGACCUGAAGAGAGUCGUGGACGCCCGCCUGAAACUGAGCGAAGAACUCAGCGGAGGACGGAUAAAGCCGAAGCCGAUGGAGGUUCAGGUCGUCUCUCAUCACAUGCAGCGCUACGCCGUCUGGUUUGGAGGCUCCAUGUUGGCGUCCACGCCGGAAUUUUUCCAGGUGUGUCACUCUAAGAAGGACUACGAUGAGAUCGGCCCCAGCAUCUGUCGACACAACCCCGUGUUCGGCAUCAUGUCCUGAUGACAGCAGCAGCUACAGACGGCUAGCGUGUUGACCUGCUACGUUGUUAGCUUGUUAGCCUGCUCCCCAUUAGAUAGCCAGAAAGCUAGCCUGUUAGCUCCUUUUUUAAGAUUGCUGGCCUGUUUACCUGCUAUCGACUAGCCACCUGCCACUUAGCCAUUAGCCUGUUAAUCUCUUGCCCCAUUCAGUUUUUAGCCCGCUAGGCUACUAGACUGUCAGCAGGCUAGCUCAGUCUCACCAAGUACACAGACUGAAACAUAAGAAACAGUUAAACCAAUAAAAUUUCCCCUCAGAGAACUUAAUACUUCUACAAAACACAAGAGAACCUUUAUCCAGAAACAUUUAAAGUUGUCCAGACCUUAAGAUGAGGUCUAGCUAGCUGACAGUCUGCUAGCUGCUAGCCUGUUAGGCAUCUUCAAACACCUAGCAUUGUUUAAGAGUGGAGAAGACAGACUUGUUUGAGAGUCUUCUUUUCUCACAGCGAUCGGCAGAUCACAGAUUCAGAUCCAAAACAUCUUCACCUUCGUCCAGGAAGACAUCUAAUCCAUUCAUAACAAAUCCAGUUCCAGUAAAGCUGCGAAGAUACUGCCAAAGCCUCCACCAACAGUUCAGGGCCAGUGUGUUGGUCUGCUGCAAACGAACCUCUGAAUGAAGGGUGAAAGAUUUCUUUAAGAUUCAUUAAUUCAGAAGUUCUGUUGACACUAAUCCUGUUUUUUCAAACUGUCAGUGAUCGUCUCUUUGUUUUGUUUCCUCUUCACAUCCCGUGUUUGUGUCCAGUUUAGAUUUCAUUCAGCUCCAAGCAAAGAUAGUCUGAUCACAUGAAGUCUAAAUUCAGAUUGUUGUCACACCUCAAGCUCAGUGAUGUCGUCUCUAAGCUAACGGCAUUAACAGCAAUGGCUGUUUCAGUUUGUAAAGCACUUCACCAAAGUGAAACAGGCAGAAGUGAAUAUACCAAUCGCAGCAA